GGAGUCUGUGCCCGGCCCCCCCCCCCUCCGCUCAGUCCCGUUACAGCCCCCCUCCCUCCGCGCUCCGCUCCGCAGCCACCAACAUGUCGGCGCCGGCGGCCAAAGUCAGUAAGAAGGAGCUGAACUCCAACCACGAUGGGGCCGACGAGACCUCAGAAAAAGAGCAACAGGAAGCAAUUGAACACAUUGAUGAAGUACAGAAUGAAAUAGACAGACUGAAUGAACAAGCCAGUGAGGAAAUUUUGAAAGUAGAACAGAAAUACAACAAACUCCGCCAACCAUUCUUCCAGAAGAGGUCAGAAUUGAUCGCCAAAAUCCCAAAUUUCUGGGUAACAACAUUUGUCAACCACCCACAAGUAUCUGCACUGCUGGGAGAAGAAGAUGAGGAAGCACUGCAUUAUUUGACCAGAGUUGAGGUGACAGAAUUUGAAGACAUCAAAUCAGGUUACAGAAUAGAUUUUUAUUUUGAUGAGAAUCCAUACUUUGAAAAUAAAGUUCUCUCCAAAGAGUUUCACCUCAAUGAAAGUGGAGAUCCAUCUUCAAAAUCAACUGAGAUCAAAUGGAAAUCUGGGAAGGAUCUGACAAAACGUUCAAGCCAGACACAGAACAAAGCCAGUAGGAAGAGGCAGCAUGAAGAGCCAGAAAGCUUCUUUACCUGGUUCACUGACCACUCUGAUGCAGGGGCUGAUGAACUAGGAGAAGUCAUCAAGGAUGACAUCUGGCCAAAUCCAUUACAGUACUACUUGGUUCCUGAUAUGGAUGAUGAAGAAGGGGAGGGAGAGGAGGAUGAUGAUGAUGAUGAAGAGGAAGAAGGAUUGGAGGAUAUUGAUGAAGAAGGAGAUGAAGAUGAGGGGGAGGAAGAUGAAGAUGAUGAUGAGGGAGAGGAAGGAGAGGAGGAUGAAGGAGAAGAUGACUAAUUGAACACUGAUGGAUUCCAAACCCCCUUUUUACCUUUUUAAUUUUUCUCCAGUCCCUGGGAGCAAGUUGCUGUCUUUUUUUUCUUGUGCUCAGUCGCCUUGUUCUCUUGAGGUCUCUUUUUCUCUCCUCUACACCAUGGUUCACAAUUUAUUUUGGGGGAAAUACCUUGAGCAGAAUACAGUGGAAAAGAAUCUACCGGUUUCUGUUUCAAGUUCAUUUUUAUCCCUUUCUGUCUCAAAACAAAAACUGUUUAUGGAAUCAACACACCAUGUUCUGUGGGAAAAAAGAAAACCUUCUGCUCCCUUCACUCUGCUGGAAGCUGAAGAGUGCUAGGCCCCUGUGUAGUAGUGCAUAGAAUCUAGCUUUUUUCCUUCUUUCUCUGUAUAUUGGGCUCAGAGAUUACACUGUGUCUCUAUGUGAAUAUGGACAGUUAGCAUUUACCAACAUGUAUCUGUCUACUUUCUCUUGUUUAAAAAAAAGAAAAAACUAAAAAAAAAAUGGGGUUAUAGAAGGUCAGCCGGGGUGGGUUUCAGAUGUUUGGGUGGGUUAAGUGGGCAUUUUGACAACAUGGCUUCUUCUCCUUUGGCAUGUUUAAUUGUGAUGUUUAACAAACAUCCUUGCAGUUUAAGAUGACACUUUUAAAAUAAAAUCUUCUCCUAAUGAUGACUUUGAGCCCUGCCACUUGAUGGAGAAUCAGCAGAACCUGUAGGAUCUUAUUUGGAAUUGACAUUCUCUAUUGUAAUUUUGUUCUUGUUUAUUUUUAAAUUCUUUUUUUUUUUUUUUUUGUUUCACUGGAAAGGAAAGAAAGAUGCUCAGUUUUAAACGUUAAAGUGUACAAGUUGCUUUGUUACAAUAAAACUAAAUGUGUACACAAAGGGACUGGUUGGUCUUCACUGAAAGAAACAGUUUUAAUACCCUGUUUUGAACUUUCUUGUAGUUUCUUGGCAUUUUUUGGGGGCAUUUGGUCAGUAUUUAUGUAGUGCAAUGCAACCUUGUGGUUGUGUGGACUGAUAAUCAGUUCAUUUAGUUUCCAUUAUUUCAGUACUUGUAAAAUGUUUCAUUUGGUACUUACUACUGCACACUGUGUUUCUAGAAUUACCUAACUCUGUAAGACAGGGCUGUAGGUGCAUAUGCCUUGUGUGAAGACAGAGGUUUAUAUUCAUGUUUGGCAAAAAGAAAAAUCACUUGAUUCUUAGAUUUUUUUUUUUUUUUAGUAGUAACUUGCAGUACUGUAUCUCCAGUAAAUCAGUUUGCAUGAAAAUAUCAUGCAAGCUGAGAAUAAAAAGACCAAGGGGUCUUAUUAUAAGAUUUGGGUGGUUUUGUAAGUCUUUUCAGUUGAAAAUAAAUGUUAAGUGCAAGCUAAUUUUUGGGCUAUUUCAAAGAGCAAGAUUCUUAGUGAAGCUCGUGUAUAAAGUUGCUACUUCACUGCUUUCUUUCCUUGGUAGCAGCAUGUAUAUAUGCUUUAGAUAUACUGUACUCUUUUUUUCAUUUUAAGAGACUGCAUUUGAGUAGCUUGUAACAGUUUCACUUAGAGGUUGUUGGUACUGGUAUUCCACAAAGUGUAAUGAAAGUUGUUUUAACAUGCUGUGCUUUUGAAAUAUUUAAAAAAAUGUUGUAUCAGCUAAUCUAAAAUUCAAACAGCUAGUUCUCUUUGGAUGUGUAGAAAAGACUGUCUUCUGGGAAGACUUGCUGUUAUAUUCUCUGAUUCCUUUUCCUCACGGAAUUUGCUAUAGUCAAAUUCAGCUUAUUUUGAUGCUUAAGAAUACACUUAGCAGAACAAGAUUAAUCUCUGUUUGAGACAUGCCCAAAUAACAUGUGUGAGGGAAACAUUCUGUAAGUGUCUGGUCCAGCUUGGAUUCAAUCCAGUUAUCAGAGACAAUACAACAUCCAGUCUGCGUGUGAUCAAUGCAAAAAUAAGGCAACCAUUUAUUUUAUUCCAUCUCAACAAAAGCUUCUGCCCUGAUCCUGCUUGCAGAGCAAAGUAAAAUGUUAAUUAGUAACAGUUUCUUACCAUCUAGAGAGAGAAGGAACAAAACCUAUGAAGUCUAUAAAUUUUAGAUUCUUUUUCAUUUGGUUCCUUUUUGUUGUAAGAUUGAAAACCGCUUCCUGUUGUGGUAGAGGGUCGAUGUGCUAUUACUUGCCAUGAUGCCUCAUUACUUAAUUUUUAUGUAGUCCUAAUUGAUUGUAGUUCUUCAAAGAAAAUAAUAUUUUCCUAGUCUUUAAUGCUUUGGGAAAAAUAUUGUGCCAUUGUUGUUACACCCCUGUUGGUUACUAACAGAAGACCUAUAAAAACUGUUUUGAAAGUAAUCAAAUCUUCAGGUUCUGUAAAGUCAAAUACCAUGAACAAGAAAUGAGAAGUCUGGGUAAUUAAAUGCUACUUCUGAGAUUUUUCUUGCACAUUCCUUAGGAUUUUAUAGGGUGUCAAACACUCUUGCUACUGUACUGAUAAUACUGAAUUUCCUGUGAAACUUAAGGGUUUACUCCUGGCAACGGCUAAAGACUAAACUAAUGUGCUAAAAGAAUAAACCAUUAUUUGUUAAGUGUAAUCUUAAUUUAUUUUUUUUUCUAGCAAUGGAAAUGAAUAGGGAUUAACACAUUUCUCUGCAACACUGAAGAAAUACUACAGAUUGCCAUCAUGUGCUCUGACUGUUCACUUCAUGUCUAAUUUGGCUGAAUAUAUGUAAUGGGUGUCCAUUUUUACUUGAUUUAAUUUGUAUAUGCAUAUAAAGAGCAUUUAAAGGUAGAUGUCCACCUCUGAUAAGAAUGGGAGAUUCACUCUUAUUAAAUAUCUGUCUGUAUCUCUCAUUAAUUCCCCACUGCUGCUUGAGCUCCUCAUAUCCAGUUAAUCCUGCCAAGUGAAAUUUGUCACAGGUGGAAGCUGAAUUUGGGCUUUGUGGCCUGAAUUUCUAGGGUUAGAAUAUAGAGCUGACAGCAGUUUAAUAAAAGUGAAGCUACUGUGCUGGGGCUGUAUGACUUAAAUGACUCAAAGGUUACUUUUAUUUUAAUUGCUAUAAAAUGGAAUCUUUUGUCUGUAAUUUCUAGUGCCAAAGGAAAGCAAAUAUAUCCGUGUGUGUAAAUACAGUUAGAAAGGUUUGGGUUUUUUUAAACAGAUUAUCUAUGUGCUUAUUCAUACUUGUCACCAUAGUUUUUGUCCCUGUAAACAAGCAUUAUCUGAAUUGAUUUCUCAGUCAUUUAUGCCAUUCAUUUGAAUUUGUAAGCUUCUCUUUGUACCACACUCUAAAACAGGUGCAUAACGAUAGUACUUUGUUUAUUGGAUACUGUUCCUGAAUUUUGAAGCCAUGCUUUUUUUUUUUUGAGACUGAAAUCAAUGAAAUAAUUUCUCUGAUGUACCUUCAAGAUAUCCUUCUGUUUGAAGGAAUUAAAGUACAUUUAACUGUUA